AUGGGUCUUCAACAGAUUUUGAAAAACACCGGAAGGGUGGCUGUUGGCGCUCUUAGUUUUGUUUCAACGUUUUAUACGGUAAUUGAGUUGAUGUAUUUUUUUUCUGACCCAAAUUACUCAAAAAGAGUGGUGACAUCUAAAGACGAGUACUUAUCGGUGUCUUGGAGUUUGUUAAUGAAUAUGUGUUUGCUCACAUUAUUUAUUCUACAACAUUCACUGCUGGCUUUGCCUUCCAUAAAAGGUGUUUUUAAGAAAUUUGGAAUUCAAGAUUUGUAUAGGAGUCUUUAUGUUAUUGCAACUGCAGUAGCACUGCAAAUCUUCAUGAGAAACUGGUAUGAAAUUCCUCAGAUAACACUGUGGAAGUUUAAUUUGAAUUUUAAGCCAUUUUGGUGGAUUUAUGCUGGUAUCCAUAUCAUCUCUUGGCUUGUUAUUUAUGUUGGUAAUAUUUGUAUGGAUGUGAAUGAGCUGAUUGGUAUAAAACAAAUAUACUACAGCAUAAUAAAUCUUCCAGACCCUAAUUAUCGAAAGUCAGUUCAAUUACAACGCUUAAAUUCCCAUAUGAGACAUCCAAGUUUUGUGGCGUUUCUUGUAAUAUUCUGGUCAGUGCCAAUUCUGAGUUUGGAUCGCAUUUUACUUGGUACAAUUUUGUCACUGUACAUGUUUAUUGGUUGGAACACUGAUGAAAGUGAUUAUGCUUAUCAGUAUUCACAAUAUAUAAGAAAGUUUCAUGAAUUGGAAAACUUACAUAGUUGAGAUUGAAGAAUUUUAUUGUGUGCAGCUGGUUUUUGCUGGAGCUAAAUAUUUAUAUAUUUCAUUAUAGAAAUAAUUUUGACUUUACAGAUAACUAAUUUAUUGUGGAUUUAAUACUUAAUAUACCUUUUUAUUAA